CACUGUCAUUCGCACUAGUGUUUGGGUGCAUGAAUGGAUUGUUUUCUGAUACCAUUGUUGCUCUAUAGUGCCCUAGGUCAGAGAAGAUGUUAGGUUAGGUGAAGUUGCCCUAGGUUUUUAUUUUUUAAAAUACAUACAAACAAUUUGGUAAUUUCGCUAUUUUCAUAUCCACUCUGUAGGUCAAGUGGCGAUCUGUUUGAGAAAUCUUAUUAAUAUUCACGGAUUAACUUAUGCGCAUGCGCCACCCCUUAAAAAACUAGUGUUUUGGGUCCGGGUGUUAUGAUGUCCGGAUUAAAGAAGUUUCGUUUCAGCGGUACCCGAUGUCAACUGUGUUACGAUAAAAGAAGAGAUUUGAAGCGAUGUUCCCAAUGCCAGGUAAUGCCGUACUGCUGCAAGGAACAUCAACAGGCCGAUUGGCCUUACCACAAGAAGGUGUGCAAGUAUCUGCAGCAGGCUCUCGAGAAAGCUGUCAGUGCUAGAGAUAUUAAGGGUUAUCGGGCGCUGCUGCAAUUCUCGGUGAAGAUGUCCAAAGGAUCUCUAGACGAAUACGAGCAAUCGCUCAUUAGGCGAUUGCCAUGCUGCGAUGUUUGCAACGAUCACAAGAAUCUGAUCUACUGCCAAGGAUGCUUUUGCGCCGCCUACUGUUCACAUGCACACAGAGACAGCGACCGCGAGAGCCAUGCACCGUACUGUGCAGAUCUAAAGAUCUGGUGCGAGAUCGACGAGAUGGGCAAAAAAAAGAUGCCGCACAUAAUAUACAAAGAUAUGAAUGGGUACGCUCGAAACAUCAACGAAGUGUUCCCAACUUGUUCCGACCGAAUCUCUGAAGUGCUUAGCAAGCAUCUGGCCUCUCCGUUCGCUACUAUCAUGCACGGCCUUCGAGCCGUCGGCUGUAAAACCAAGCAUCUAAUUAUUCACAUCGUUGGAGCGGAUACCUACGAGAUGGUAUUCGACUGGCGAAUGCUCACCGCUCUCUUGGGCCAUCGCUUCCCCAAGACCCACACCUACGAGAUCUAUUUGAUCGGUCCCAAUAUGACAUGCGACAACAUUGUAGCAAGAGUUAGUAAUCUUACGGCGUACCGUGUCAUAGGCUUGUACCAUGACAUGAUCAAAGAGUUACCGGAACCACAUCUGGUCGUGGCUUUUAACUGUGGAAUCCAUUCGAGUCCCGAAACAUGGCAGAAGAGUAUUCCUGCCCUCCUGAAUAAACCCUUCAUACUCACCGGUUACCUAGACGAAGAAACAAUCGCGGAUAAGAAUAUAUUGAUGAAGCAUCGUGACGGAGAUUACGUUGACAUCAUCUACGAUUGCGUUAAGAAUCCCUUUGCCUCGCCAUUGGCAUACAAAAAUUGGGAACUUUGCGAAUCCAAGGUUUAUUAUGUUAACAACUACAUUUUCAUGAGCAAACCCAAAAUCAACAUAUAAACUAUGUACAUAUUCUAUAUUAUUUAUAUAUUCAUACUUAUAUGAUAUUGCAUAAAUUAUAAAGAUGGAAACAAAAUAUGUAAUUGCUUUGUAAGUAUAUUAGUAGUUAAGCUUAACCUUGUGUACUCAUUUUUUUUUUACUUUCUGUUUAUAAAAAUUAUGUUAUGUUC